GCAGCCAGCCCGCCGCCAGCCCGCCCUCCCCCGGCCGGCUCCUCGGCGCCGCCUGGGGUCCUUUCCGCCCGGUGCCGCCCGCCAGCCCCGUGCCCGUUCGGCCAGGCCUGGAGCCGAGUUCUCCGCCAUCAUGCCGGCUGUAUCCAAGGGCGAUGGCAUGCGCGGGCUCGCCGUGUUCAUCUCCGACAUCCGGAACUGCAAGAGCAAAGAGGCUGAAAUCAAGAGGAUCAACAAGGAACUGGCCAACAUCCGCUCCAAGUUCAAAGGAGACAAGGCCUUAGAUGGCUACAGCAAGAAGAAGUAUGUGUGCAAGCUGCUCUUCAUCUUCCUGCUUGGCCAUGACAUUGAUUUUGGACACAUGGAGGCUGUGAACCUGCUAAGCUCCAACAAGUACACAGAAAAGCAGAUAGGGUACCUGUUCAUCUCAGUCCUGGUGAACUCGAACUCAGAGCUGAUCCGGCUUAUCAACAAUGCCAUCAAGAAUGACCUGGCCAGCCGCAACCCCACCUUCAUGUGCCUGGCCUUGCACUGUAUCGCCAAUGUGGGCAGCCGUGAGAUGGGCGAGGCCUUUGCCGCUGACAUUCCCCGAAUCCUGGUGGCUGGCGACAGCAUGGACAGUGUGAAGCAAAGUGCAGCCCUGUGCCUGCUUCGACUCUACAAGGCGUCCCCUGACCUGGUGCCCAUGGGCGAGUGGACAGCACGUGUAGUGCACUUGCUCAACGACCAGCACAUGGGAGUGGUCACAGCCGCUGUCAGCCUUAUCACCUGUCUCUGUAAGAAGAAUCCAGAUGACUUUAAGACCUGUAUCUCCCUGGCUGUGUCUCGCUUGAGCAGGAUCGUCUCCUCCGCCUCCACCGACCUCCAGGACUACACCUAUUACUUCGUUCCUGCGCCCUGGCUCUCUGUGAAGCUGCUGCGGUUACUGCAGUGCUACCCACCGCCAGAGGACGCGGCUGUGAAAGGGCGGCUAGUGGAGUGUCUCGAGACUGUGCUCAACAAAGCCCAGGAGCCCCCCAAGUCCAAGAAGGUGCAGCACUCCAACGCCAAGAACGCCAUCCUCUUUGAGACCAUUAGCCUCAUCAUCCACUACGACAGUGAGCCCAACCUCCUGGUCCGCGCCUGUAACCAGCUGGGCCAGUUCCUGCAGCACCGGGAGACGAACCUGCGAUACCUGGCCCUGGAGAGCAUGUGCACGCUGGCCAGCUCUGAGUUCUCCCAUGAGGCUGUCAAGACCCACAUUGAUACUGUCAUUAAUGCCCUCAAGACGGAGCGGGAUGUCAGUGUGAGGCAGAGGGCAGCCGACCUCCUAUAUGCCAUGUGUGAUCGGAGCAAUGCCAAGCAAAUUGUGUCAGAGAUGCUGCGGUACCUGGAGACUGCUGACUAUGCCAUUCGAGAAGAGAUUGUGCUGAAGGUGGCCAUCCUGGCCGAGAAGUAUGCAGUGGACUACAGCUGGUAUGUGGACACCAUCCUCAACCUCAUCCGCAUCGCGGGCGACUAUGUGAGCGAGGAGGUGUGGUACCGAGUGCUGCAGAUCGUCACCAACCGUGACGAUGUCCAGGGUUAUGCUGCCAAGACAGUGUUUGAGGCCCUCCAGGCCCCAGCGUGCCAUGAGAACAUGGUGAAGGUUGGUGGCUACAUCCUUGGGGAGUUUGGGAACUUGAUUGCUGGGGACCCACGCUCCAGCCCGCCGGUGCAGUUCUCACUGCUGCACUCCAAGUUCCACCUGUGCAGCGUGGCCACUCGUGCCCUGCUGUUGUCCACCUAUAUCAAGUUCAUCAACCUUUUCCCCGAGACCAAGGCCACCAUCCAGGGCGUGCUGCGUGCCGGCUCCCAGCUGCGCAAUGCCGACGUGGAGCUCCAGCAGCGGGCGGUGGAGUACCUCACCCUCAGCUCCGUCGCCAGCACCGAUGUUCUGGCUACUGUGCUGGAAGAAAUGCCCCCAUUUCCUGAGCGUGAGUCUUCCAUCCUGGCCAAGCUGAAGCGCAAGAAGGGCCCUGGGGCAGCCAGUGCCCUGGAUGACAGCCGUAGGGACACCAGCAACAAUGACAUCAAUGGGGGUGUGGAACCCACCCCCAGUACCGUGUCAACGCCCUCCCCCUCCGCGGACCUCUUGGGGCUGCGGGCAGCCCCUCCCCCCGCUGCACCUUCAGUUCCUGUAGGUGGGAACCUGCUGGUGGACGUCUUCUCUGAUGGCCCCACUGCACAGCCCAGCCUGGGGCCUACCCCUGAGGAGGCCUUCCUCAGCCCAGGUCCCGAGGACAUAGGCCCUCCCAUCCCAGAAGCCGAUGAACUGCUCAAUAAGUUCGUGUGUAAGAAUAGUGGGGUCUUGUUUGAGAACCAGCUGCUGCAGAUUGGAGUCAAGUCCGAGUUCCGGCAGAACCUGGGCCGGAUGUACCUGUUCUAUGGCAACAAGACUUCGGUGCAGUUCCAGAGCUUCUCGCCCACUGUGGUGCACCCCGGAGACCUGCAGGCUCAUAUCCUCUGCUCUUGGCCCAGAGAGUGCCCACCCCACCCCGUAGUCCUCUGGGAAGCGACACUCAGCUCUAUACCUGUUCAGCCCAUCACUCGGAGUUAGGCACAUGUCACUUCUAAGACUGUUUGCAUAGUAGGUAGGCCUCUCUGCCCAGGGACAAAUGACAGUAACCCACUGUAGAGAACAUAUGACCUUCAACACCCCAGCUACCCUGUAACCCACUGUAGAGAACAUAUGACCUCCAACACCCCAGCUACCCUGUAACCCACUGUAGAGAACAUAUGACCUCCAACACCCCAGCUACCCUGUAACCCACUGUAGAGAACAUAUGACCUCCAACACCCCAGCUACCCUGUAACCCACUGUAGAGAACAUAUGACUUCCAACACCCCAGCUACCCUGUAACCCACUGUAGAGAACAUAUGACUUCCAACACCCCAGCUACCCUGUAACCCACUGUAGAGAACAUAUGACCUUCAACACCCCAGCUACCCUGUAACCCACUGUAGAGAACAUAUGACUCCCAACACCCCAGAUACCCUGUAACCCACUGUAGAGAACAUAUGACCUUCAACACCCCAGCUACCCUGUAACCCACUGUAAGAACAUAUGACUCCCAACACCCCAGCUACCCUGCCAGGCACCUUACCUUUGCUGACGUCUGUGUGGCUUCAUGCCAUGGGGCUAGAGGCUCCUGCAGUCAGGUUAACCAAGAAUGCUGCACUCUGCUGGCCCCGCAGCACCUCAGCUGCGUGACCUGCCUCCUAACCUGCCUCCAGGAAAAGUAGCUCUCCUUCCUUCUGCUAGGAGGACCAUUGGUUGUUUUUGAAGCUGUUUGUGUAGCCUAGGGUGGCCUCCGCUUACUCUACAGAUUGAAGUGUACCUGCCAAGUGCUGGGAUUAUAGGUGUGCACCAGCAAACCUGGCUUCCUGCGCCAUUUUGAAAGAGCAAUUGGGAUGUUCUGGAAGGUGUAUGGCAGAUCCAGCCCCCCUGUUUUUCUAUAUUGUCCUCAGUCCA